CAUCUCGCUGCCGAGCGCCCCAACCCCGUGACCCGGUCGCUCCGUCGCUCGUCUUCCUCCUCGAGCGAGCGCCGCCACCCCUCCCUCCCCGUCCCGAUGCCGAGCGCUCCAGCCCCGUAGCUCGUCUCCCUCCUCGAGCUAGCGCCGCCACCCCUCCCUCCCCAUCCCACUGCCGAGCGCCCGAGCGCCCCCGCUCCGUCGCUCGUCUUCCUCCUCGCGCAAGCGCCCGCCACCUGGUUGAUCUCUCGGAUUCUCUCGUUCCCGGCCGUUUCUCCUCCCAUCACCUCACGAAUGAAUUACGCCCUUUAGCCCCCCCGUUUCAUCUCCUUAAUCACCCCCAAUUCGUAACUGAGGCAAAAAUCAAGGUAGGGCGGUCCUCCGCCUGUGCUUAUCGGGUCUCCCCAAGAUUCUUCUGAUUCCCACGACAUUGCUGCAGCAUGGCGAGAGCCCUAGCUCGCCGCACGGUUCCUCCGUUCCUGAGGUUGCGCUCCACGGUGGGCGACGACAGCUACUGGAUGGGUCGACUGGACCACAAGGACUGGCUUGCCCCGAACGAAGUCCUCAAGAUAUUUGCAAACAUCAGGGAUGCUAGUCUUAUAACCAGCGUGUUCAGGAAAGCAUGUGCCCGGAGAGAUUACAAGCCCAGCGAGGCCCUGUACAGCUUGAUGAUUGAUCGGCUAGCCUGCGCCAGGAGGUUCGGAGAUGUGGAGGAGUUGCUUGUCAGGGCAAGGGUUGAGAAGUUCAGGUUCUCUGACGAGUUCUUCUACAGGCUGAUCAAGAUGUAUGGCAAUGUGGCGAACCAUCCCGAGAGGGCCAUGGAGAUGCUCUACGCGAUGCCUGGUUAUAAUUGCUGGCCUUCUACGAAGACAUUUAAUUAUGUUCUUCACAUGCUUGUGUGUAAGCGGCAGUAUGAGGUCAUCCAUGAAGUAUAUGAGAGCGCGCCCUGGUUGGGCGUGACGCUGGACACCUGCUGCUUUAAUAUCCUUAUCAAGGGUUUGUGCCAAUUUGGUAAAUUCGAUGAGGCCAUUUCACUGUUGCAUGAGAUGCCAAAGCAAGAGUGUCUGCCCAAUGUGGUGACCUACUCGACGUUGAUGCAUUUCCUUUGCCAGCAUGGUCGCGUUGAUAAGGCAUUUGAGCUGUUCGAGAGAAUGCGGAAGGAGGAAAUUGAUGCAGAUACAGUUGUUUACAAUAUAUUAAUAUCUGGUUUAUGCAGAGAGGGAAAGGUGACUAUUGCAUUUGAUAUGUUUAAAUCCAUGUCGUCUGAAGGCUGCUAUCCCAAUUCAGGGACUUAUCAGGUGCUUCUUGAUAGUCUUUUGACAUCAAGGAAUUUCACAGAGGCAAAAGACCUAGUUUGCAUGAUGAGUGCAGAAGGUCUGAGACCUAGCUUCUCAUCGUACAAGCUGUUAAUUGAUGGCCUCUGUAGUGUUAACUGCUUAGAAGAUGGUCAUCUUAUCUUUAAGCAAAUGGUGGACCAAGGUUUUAUUCCUCGAAUGGGUACUUGGACAAAACUUCUUACAUCCAUGAGCUUAACCUACACUGGUGAUUUUCUGGACAACCUGAUACACCUGAACAGGGAGCUCGUUUUGUUAGUGGAACCGGUGGACCAACCUGCCUGAAUUUUCCACAUACACUUACAUAUUGAAGUCAGAUCUUUCUUGCGUGGGAAUUUAGGAACAUUGGGUCUCAGAGUGAUCAAAACAUGCAAAUGUUUAAGCCAUCCGAAGCUGCUACAAUUAUAUGCGAUAUGUUGACUGAACUUAUGCAGCCCCAAAAAGAGCAAAAGGAGGUCAACGAUCAUCCCAAACCGGGGUGGGGAUUAUCAAAGUAAAUGUAUGAGACACUAUGGUUUCCAUUAAUGAAGCCGGGGGGCGGCCCCUUUUGAUUAAAAAAAAUCAAAGUAAAUGUAGAUGCUGCUUUUUGUGCUGUCCUUUAAUGAAGCAUCUGGGUCUGUAAUCAGGGUGGCACUGGAGCGUUCAAAGGAGCAGUUGGAUGCUGGUAUUCACAGACCAUGAAUGCUUUAAUUGCAGAACCUCUGGCAUGCAAAGACGGAGUGCAGUUCGAAAAAAAAACAGGGCUUUUCGCAAAUUGUGGAGACAGAUUUGGCAAAUCUAGUGAAUCUUUAAGGAAAGCGCUCUCAGAAUUAGAUACAGCUGAAAUUUGUCCAAUUCUGUCUCACAUGCAGGUGCUUAGCCGUAGCUUCAGUUAUUUUGAGAUUUUCUAUGUAACCAUGAAGCCAAUAGGGCUGCUCAUUAGGUGCUAAGAAAGUAGCUAAGUGCAAGCAGAGCUGUUUAUGGCUUAUCCAGGCUCCGGCCUUCUUAUUUAACUGCUUGCACAAUGAUUGUACUUUUGCUACUGGUCAUUAAUAAAGCUCCUGUGUUGUUAA